AUUCCCAAGCUAACCAAAACCUUUCCCUCUCCUCCCUCCUUAACCCGAGGGAGGCUCAGGCUUAGAGCUUCGCUUCUCUUUUUCCUCUCCUCUUCGCCGGCUCCGCCGCUUCCUUCCCUUCGCACUUCUUUCCAUUUUUUUCUCUACGACGAGUUGCUACAAUGAGAAAGUCACUCCUCGCUCUCUUCUUCGUUUGUGAUCUCCUUCUUUGCUUUGCCUCCCUCGCCACUAUCGUUGCCGAGACCGACUCCGCGGAGAUCAAUGCCACCGACUCCGGGCUGAACGCAUCGCUACCGAGAUCUAAAGAGGAUAGCUUUGCCGACAUGAUUGAUCGCGCUCUCGAGAAGGAGUUCAAUGACACUGAUCAGAAUGAAGUGACUGAUCCUGGAAGCUUCAACAAUAGUGUUGCUGAGCAGCAGGCUGUUCUGGAAACUGUUGCUAGAGUUAGGUCCAAGAAAAAUGAGACCAAGGAAGAGAAGCAAUUUCAUUUUCAUGACGUUUUCAACUUGGAUAAUGAGAAUCGAGCUGAAGAUACACCAACAUUGAUAGAUCGUAAGGAUAAUGUUUUCAUAAUGUCCAAUCCGAAAUCUAAGUAUCCCAUGCUACAACUAGACUUAAGACUGAUAUCAGAACUAGUAGUUGUCAUUGUCUCUGCAACUUGUGGUGGCAUUGCCUUUGCUUGUGCCGGACAACCGGUUAUUACUGGGUACCUGCUAGCAGGAUCAAUUAUUGGGCCUGGUGGCUUUAGCUUUGUUAGUGAAAUGGUGCAAGUUGAAACAGUGGCACAGUUUGGUGUAAUCUUUCUUCUUUUUGCACUUGGCCUGGAGUUUUCAACAACAAAGCUCCGUGUUGUUCGAGCAGUUGCUGUCCUAGGAGGUCUUCUCCAAAUUCUUCUGUUCAUGUGCUUGUGUGGAAUAACAGCCAGGUUAUGUGGUGGUAAAACUUCAGAGGGAGUUUUUGUGGGUGUGUUACUUUCUAUGUCUUCAACUGCAGUGGUUUUGAAAUUUUUGAUGGAACGAAAUAGCAUUAGUGCCCUUCAUGGUCAGGUUACAAUAGGCACACUAAUCCUACAGGAUUGUGCUGUGGGUUUAUUGUUCGCUCUACUUCCAGUUCUAGGUGGUUCUUCUGGCAUCUUUCAAGGAGUAUUGUCCAUGACCAAAUCGUUGGUGAUGCUGAUUACUUUUCUGGCCAUUUUGACAAUAUUGUCUCGAACCUGUGUGCCCUGGUUUCUUAAGCUUAUGAUAAGCCUAUCUUCACAGACUAAUGAACUCUAUCAAUUGGCAUCGGUUGCUUUCUGCUUGCUUGUUGCUUGGUGUAGUGAUAAGCUGGGUUUGAGCCUUGAGCUGGGUUCCUUUGCUGCUGGUGUCAUGAUAUCGACUACUGAUCUUGCUCAGCAUACACUUGAACAAGUUGAACCCAUUCGGAACUUUUUUGCUGCUUUGUUUCUUGCCAGUAUUGGGAUGUUAAUUCAUGUGCAUUUCCUUUGGAAUCAUGUUGACAUAUUAUUGGCAGCUGUGUUGUUGGUAAUUGUUAUUAAAACAAUGGUGGUUGCCAUGGUUGUCAAGGGAUUUGGAUACAGCCAGAAAACCUCACUUCUUGUUGGUAUGUCUUUGGCUCAAAUUGGAGAGUUUGCUUUUGUUCUCCUAAGUCGGGCUUCUAAUCUUCAUCUAGUUGAGGGAAAACUGUAUCUGCUGCUUCUGGGCACUACUGCUCUUAGUUUGGUGACAACACCAUUGCUUUUCAAGCUGAUACCAGCUGUUGUACAUCUAGGUGUGCUCUUGCGGUGGUUCCCUGCUGAUAGUCCAAUUGAGAUUGGUUAUAAAGGAGAUAUCCUUCGCGCAGACAGUGCUAAGCGUAUUACUUUGAUGGUCCAAGGCUCUCAUAAUUCUUGAUAUUAAAUAAAACAUGAACCAGAAAAAUGCAAAUUUCAGCCUUUUCCUGAUCGGCUUCUUAUACUCUGGGGGACAGGUGCUUAAAAGCGCAAAGGAGGUUUGACUGAGAAUGAACAAUAUUUUAACCCUUUGCAAAGCUCUUUCAUAUAUGAUCCGCUACAUCCUCAAGCAAUUUUUUCUGACCAAGCAAGACUGUACGAUAGCCGACAAGCCCCGACAUAUGAACAGCAAUCAUAGAUAUAAUCCCCGUGCCAAUGAUACAUUCUUACUAUUGCUUUAGGUCAUCCAAGUAUUAACUCUUCUGGAUAGCCUGAUUUGUGUAAAAUAAUUUCUAUCUUGUAAUAUAAAUUUUUUUUAAAAGCCUUUUACCCUUCAAUUGAUUUGUUUCUUUAUUCUAGGUUUCUUUUUUGCUUUAUCCCUGAAGUAGAAAGUAAAUUACUCUCGAAAUGUAACCAUUUAUGUUUACCAAAUGUAAGGAUACUACUCUUGUAAACUGAAAUUUUGGCUACUUAUUAAUAUUCUU